GAAAACAAGUUACCUGAACCUCAACCUUCAACUACUACUUCAAAAGAGCAAACUAAUACUUUAAAAGAACAUAGCAUUGCAUCUCAAAGUUCUUUUUUAACCACUAGAACUAAUGAGAAUACCAAUGCAAAAACUGACCUAAGCUCAGACAUAAUGGAUGUAGACUACAAAUCUCAAGUCUAA